UCCACUUUCUCUCCUCUUCCUUCCUCCCCGCACUGCGUUUCGGUGAGGUGACGGCUCCGUCCGCUGGCGGCAGGCGGACACCGACCAGACACCCCCACCCGCCCCGCCCCCCGCCCCCACAACUCCAGUGUGCGGAGCGUCGGUCUGCGCGCACGGAAGAGCCUGAAACAGCCCGAAGCGGACAACAAAUGCUCGAGACCCGCGCCCGGUGGCCCCAGACCCGAUGGGGAGGGAGAAGAGCAGCGCAGUGAUGGGACAGUUUUCGGGAGGAUGCUACCUGAGUUUUGCCACCCUCGUGCUCCUCGGCUCGCGCGUACCGGCCACGUUAGCGAGAGGUGCCCGAGGUGAAGCCCUGCAGCAUGGCCAGUCCGGGACCCUUCCCCGCUUCCUGGAGGAGCCUGUCGACGCCUACAUCGUCAAGAGUAACCCCAUCAAGCUCCAGUGUCAAGCUCGGCCCGCUCUCCAAAUCUUCUUCAAGUGUAAUGGUGAAUGGGUCCACCAGAGCCAGCACUUGUCCCAGGAGCACACCGACCUGGGGACAGGGCUGAAGAUCCGCGAAGUGAUGAUCAACGUGUCCCGUCAGCAAGUGGAGGACUUUCACGGCCCAGAGGAUUACUGGUGCCUGUGUGUCGCCUGGAGUCACCUGGGAACCUCUAAAAGCCGCAAGGCGUCUGUCCGGAUCGCUUACCUGAGGAAGAAUUUCGAGCAGGACCCCCAAGGCACUGAGGUGCCUCUGAAUGGCAUGAUUGUGUUGCACUGUCGUCCCCCAGAGGGAGUGCCUGUGGCUGAGGUGGAAUGGCUGAAAAACGAUGAGCCUCUGAACUCCGACGGCGCCAUCGAUACGAGAGGCGACCACAAUCUCAUCAUCUCUGACGCACGCUUAUCUGAUUCGGGAAACUAUACCUGUGUGGCCAGCAACAUUGUGGCCAAAAGACGCAGCGCCACAGCCACCGUUGUUGUCUUUGUGAACGGUGGGUGGUCGUCAUGGACUGACUGGUCCCCCUGUAACGUCCGCUGUGGUCGCGGUGUGCAGAAACGCUCCCGCACUUGCACAAACCCAGCUCCUCUCAACGGGGGAGCCUUUUGUGAAGGCAUGUCGGUGCAGAAAAGCACCUGCAACGCAGUGUGCCCAGUUGACGGCGGCUGGGGAGAGUGGACCGAAUGGUCAUUGUGUAGUUCGAGCUGCGAGAGGCAGCGCAGCAGAGAGUGCACGGCUCCGGAGCCUAAACACGGAGGCCGGCUGUGCGAUGGCGUGGCACUGGCGACAGACAACUGCACCGGCGGCCUCUGCACAGAGGAUCGAAAGUUGCUGCACGAUGUUAAGCCACAGGGUGUGGACAACAGCAGCGAUGUGGCCUUGUAUUCGGGCCUUGCUGCAGGCGUGGUGACCGUGGUGCUGCUGAUCGUCGCUGUCACUCUUUAUCGGAGAAGCCAGAGUGAGUACGGUGUUGACGUCAUCGACUCCUCCGCCCUCACUGGCGGCUUUCAGUCCUUCAGCUUUAAGACGUCUCGCCAAGCGAAUCCCCUGCUCAUUAAUUCAUCCAUGCAACCUGAUCUGACGGUGUCGCGUACCUACACCAGCCCCAUGUGUUUUCAGGACUCCAUUGACAAGGAGCUGAUGGCCGAGCGCUCACUCCUCGACCCGUUACCGGAUCUCAAGAUCAAAGGUGUGGCAGAAAGGGCAGAGUACCACGUCAUGUCGCACCCUCAGACGUUUCCACGCGGCCUGGCUCCGGACUACAGAGGAGUUGCUGUGGGGACGACACUGGGCAGACGAGGCAAAAACCUCCUCACGCCGCAAGUCUCUCUGACUCCCAGCAGGCCUCUCCACAAAGCUACUGCGGUGUUUGGUCAUGCUGGAGGAAGGCUGGUGGUCCCUAACACAGGUAUCAGUCUGCUGGUGCCUCAUGGGGGAAUCGCGGAAGACACUACCUGGGAAAUGUACAUGAUCAUCAACCAGGAGGACAGCAGCACGUUGUUCGAGGAAGGGCCAGAGAUCUUUCUGAGUCCUGCAGUCACGUAUGGACCACCGGGCCUUGACCUGUCCUGUCCCAUAGCCAUGACCGUAGCCCACUGUGGAGAGGUUGCUGCUGGUAACUGGACCAUUCGGCUAAAGAGACAAAUGCAGGACAACAAGUGGGAGGAAGUGAUGUCUGUGGACGAGGAGAGCACAUCCUGCUACUGUCUGCUGGAGGCCCAGAGAUGUCACGUGUUGCUGGAGCACCCGGGCCGCUACGCCCUGGUGGGGGAGCCGCUGAACCAGGAGGCGACCAAGCGGCUGAGGCUGGCUGUAUUUGGGAGUCCAGAUAUGAGCAACUCUCUGGGCUUCACCCUCAGGGUCUACUGUGUGGAUGACACACCCCAAGCUUUUCAGGAAGUGGUCGUGGGCGAGCGCAACAGGGGUGGGCGACUGCUGGAGGAGCCGAAAAUGAUGCUGUUCAGGGGGAACACGUUCAGCCUCCAGGUGUCCAUCCAGGACGUCCCUCAGCUACUCUGGAGCAUCAAACCUUUCACCACCUGCCAGGAGUUCUCCUUUUCUCAGGUGUGGGCCAGUAACCAGCGUCCCCUGCAGUGUGCCUUCUCUUUGGAGCGAUACAGCCACUCCUCGCCGCAGCUCUCCUGCAAGAUCAACGUGCGGCAGGUCAAAGGCGAGGAGCACAUACUCCAGGUCUAUACGUCUGUGGUGGAGAAUGAAAAGGGAGUGGUUCCCUUUUUCACUCAGUCAGACUGCACCAUCACCUCUCAGACAGGGUCAAGGGCCUUUAAAAUCCCCCCGUCUAUCCGUCAGCGCAUCAGCGCCACCUUUGACACCGCUAAUGCCAAGGGGAAGGACUGGCAGCUCUUGGCUCAAAAGCUCCACAUAGACAGGUGGUAUAACAGCAGCAGACACCGCUCCAUAACCCCCGUCAGCCUUGAAACUAACCCUGCGAACCUGUGCUACUUUGCGUGUCAGGAGAGCCCGUCAUCGGUGAUUCUGAGUCUUUGGGAGGCCCAGCACCAGGACUCGGGUGACCUGGACUCUCUGGCCAGUGCCCUAGAGGAAAUAGGCAAGGUCCAGUCUCCCGCCACGUCCACGACACUCGCCUGCAGCAGAGAAGAGCAGGACUCGGCGUUCGCCAAACUUGGGUAGGGCAAGGUUUUACAGCAGAUGAAGUCAUGAUGAACCUUUACUGCAUGAACGCUGAUGAUCAGGAAGAGGAGGAGGAGGAGGAGACGCGAAGAGGACAGCAGGGUUUUUGACUGUUACUAAAGGGACCUCUCUGCUAGACUGCUAAACCAAAUGGCACAGACACACGGGGGGAACAUGGAGCAACUGUGAGGGAUCAUGUUAUCGAGAGGCACCAACAAAAUCUUUUUUGGAAAGUGUGUGGGAGUUAUUCCACUCCCAUCUUUGACUGGGAAAUGUCAGCAUCUCGAUUCUUCAGAGGACACGUCCCACCACUUGUGUCGCGGGAUUAUGGGUGUGUGGAGGAUAGAGUAUGUUAUAGACAGACUGUCAGUCACACUGGUGUUAUGACCUUCCCUGGAUCUGAUGUGUUGGCGCCUGCCGUCAAACACUCUCCUGGGCUGUCAAAAUGUUGAGUGUAAUGUCAUUAUGUUGUCAUUCAUUUUCUAGAUCUCCUAUUGCUUCCUUUUCUUGCCGUGCCCCACGUCUCUACUGUUACCGCGGACGUUAGAUGAUGAAAAAAAAGAAGAGAAAAAAGAAUCUGUCAAAACCCGGGAUCCAUAUGAUUGUGUCAGAGAUAAUUAUAGUGACGGUCCACACUGAUUUGAAACAAUCUAAUGAUGUCCAUGUGCUUGUUAAAGAAGCAUAAGGAUGUGGCUCACAUAGAUAACAAGUCAAUUUAACAAACACCCUCGUGCACACCGGAAAAAAACAACAUUCUUAAACCCAUCAGUGUCCUUGACACCUUUACACAAGGAUCCUCACUGCAUCAAUUCCAUUCUUCUUCUUUUUUCUUUACUUUUGACUUGAGAUUUUGGUAUUUUACUGGACCUACCUACUCUUUUUUUAAUCAACUCCUCAGACAUUAUUACCUGGAGCCACUUUGUUCAAGCAGAGGCUGCCUCUCUGCCUGUUAGAGGACAAAAGAGAGGCAGCGAGAGCUGAAGAAAUCUUCAUCAGGAAGAUAUCAACCACCGCCACCACCCCCCACAUUCAGUCGCUCCACCUGCCCCUAAACUUAAUAAAGUGACUUUGUGUUGAA